AUGGGGAAGUCUUGGAAAGAUACAAGGCUGAGGUUGUAUGAUGAUUACUACGAGCCAACAUUGUCGACUGAAGAAAAUAUUGAGAACCGUCCGCCGGGAAUUGAUCGAGAUCACUGGAGAUGGUACCUUGAUUAUCGUGCCAAACCUGAGACGAAGGAGAAGUGUAGGAAAAAUGCGAUAAAUCAAUCAAAACAGUUGUAUACCCACACUGGCGAUUCGAAAAGCCUGGCUCGGCGGAGGGAAGAAGAGUCAGAACAAGAAGGAAGGAUAGUCGGUAGAGGGGAGUUAUGGAUCAAGGUUUACAAAAGAAGGGAUGGCUCUUAUAUUAAUGAUGAGGCAAGAGAAAUUGGUGAAAGACUUCUGGAGAUUGAGCAACAGGAUGAGUCAUCUAAAGUGUUGUUCCAAAAUGAUUCCAUUGCUCAGGUUUUCGGAAGAGAGAAACUGGGUAGAGUGCGUGGAGUGGGUUUUGGACCGACUCCUAGUCAACUCUUUGGUACAAAUUUGCAACCAUCAGUAAAUAGAGUACAAGUAGAGGAGACGCAAAGGAAGCUGAAUGAACUACAGACAGAACUGGAAGCUGAGAAGUUGAAAAUGAAAGCGAUGGAAGAUGAAGCAGCAGCAGACAAGAAAAGGAUAAAGGUAAUGGAGAGUGCUUUGAUUUAUCUUUUUCAACGGCAGGGUGAGGAGCUGCCACCAGAGAUUGCUGCAGGGAUGCUUUCAAUGGAAUGA